AUCAUACAGCCCCUUUCAUCAGGAUCUCCAAAAAUGAUGCACGUGUGUGCUGUAGCUUUAACAUUUUUAUUUCUCGCUCUGGUGUUCGAGAUCAACGCAUGCGACGAGACUUUAGAUAUAUUUCCUUGCACAUGCGCAGUCAUGCUUGGAAAGAUCGUAGUUGAUUGUUCUGGAAAUGGUUUGCGAACGGUACCAGCAACUUUACCGAACCAGAUGUCGGUGCUGGAUUUCUCGGAUAAUCUGUUACAACCGGACACCAUUGAAACUCUGUGUAAUCACGGUACUAUAGAGCAUGUAUCAAUUGCUGGUAAUCAUUUAACAUCAAUUGAACCAAAACGCCUUAGGAGAUGCGACGUCAAGGGAAGUAUAGAUUUUAGCCGUAACCCUCUUAACGUUGUCAACAAAUAUACCAUAUACGGACUGGAAUUUACCCCUGCUUUGUAUGGACUAGAGGCACGAGAAUUCAAGGAAAAUACUUUCUUGGACAUGUUUAGCCUAAAGAAUCUUGAUAUGAUAACACACCAGAACCAAAUUCCUGUUAAUCUUUUUAAAAAGAAUCAUAUUGUUACGUUAAAAAUGGACAUAACUGGUGCAACAGAAAUUCCGGAGAAAUUAUUAUCUCCCCUUAAUAUGACGCUGGCGAAUGUAACAAUAAAAAGUCAGUCGAUACAAACAGUACCUGCAGAACUGCUGGCUGAUUUAAAGACGGUAAAACAAUUUUCCCUUCAGGUUAAUAACCUCCAUUCUAUCCCGUCAAAGUUCUUUCAGAAACAGACACUAUACAAAACAGUUACGAAUAUAUCUUUAACUGGUAUUAAGAGUUUACCGAGACGCGUAUUUUGGCAACUCGGUCAUCUUCGCUAUCUGGAAAUUCACGAGACCGUUGAUAUGCCGUCAGAUCUGUUCUCCAGGCUGCUCGGGCUCGAGGCUCUCGAUCUCUCGGAAAGUUCAAUAAACACCAUACCGAACAAAUGGUUCCAUGGCUUAUGGCAUCUACGGAGUUUGAAUCUACAUAAUGUCGGACUUUCUUGGUUAAAGAAAGAACACUUUAAAGAUCUGCACGCAUUAGAGAAAAUAGAUUUAUCGAAAAACAGGUUGCGAUCACUCGGUCCAAUGUUGUUUCACCAUAUCAGCGGGAGUGCGAAAUUUAUCAAUAUCAGUGAAAAUAUUUUGGAAAAGGUACCGAAUAAUCUUUUCAAGCAGAACGCUACGUUGGAACACCUUGAUAUCAGCAGAAAUCAGAUAUCUUCAAUAGAAAGCGAGGCGUUCAUUCAUUUAUCGGAGUUAAAACGCCUGCAUUUACAACGUAAUGAAAUUUACAAACUACACGCUGCCACAUUUGUUGACAAUGUAAACAUGAUUUAUCUAGAUAUUUCUUCAAAUAUACUAAUUGAUUUACCUGUAGGUCUGUUAGGUAGCAGGCAUUCGCUGUUAGUUUUUAAUUUGUCUGACAACCGCAUUAACAACUUAAAGAGAUCAAUAGCAUUCUACGGACCUACUCUACGUGAAAUAAACUUCAUGAACAAUCCAAUUGAGUGCGAUUGUGGAAUAAAGAAUGUGAAAAAAUUGCUGCCAAAUGCUUUGAUAAUUGGCUAUUGUGAAAACACACAAUCGGGAAUUGCUAUUGUGGAUUUCCCGAACGAUAAUUGUUCCGCGGAAAGUGAUGCAUAUUCGUUUAUAACAAAAAUCGUUUCUUCUAAUUCAACAGAGUGGGAGUCCAAGUUGAUAAUAAGCGCUAAUGAUGCUAUAACAAGAGUUACGCUAAAUUCAAUAUUAUCCACUGCCACACCAGUGAGCAUAUAUUAUCCGGAGAUCGAAACUUCUGUUUUACGGAUUAACUCGACUCAUUCAAAAAACUCAAGUAAACCGACCAGGCUUAACGUUUUACCUAUUACAAAAUAUAAUGUAUCGGAUUCUAGCGCUACGUUUUCUAUCAGUGAGAAAUUUACUCCUACACCUGUCCAUAAUACGUCAAAGUCAGCGAUAAAGAAAUCAACAAGUGUAAAAGUUAAUGAUUCACGGGUGGAUUCGGAUGAUAACGUUUUGGAUAUAAAUGCGAAUGAAAAAUCAUCAGAUUACCGGAAUACUGUAUCGAUUGAAUUCACAAAACCGGUGGAAAGUGUAAAAUAUAAAACUGAAAUUUCGUCUGCUGUGGUCAAACCAGAACCGGAAAUAAAUGAGGGAACUAUUUCCGCUAUUACACCGUCUGCAACGCUACAGACAAGUUUUAAAACACUGAAAACGGAUUCUAGUCAGGCGGAUAUUUAUAUUUACCCAACGGGCUAUUUUGAGACAUUGCAUACGAAAACUGUUGUAACCAAAUAUGAUGCAAGUAAAUCUGAAUUUGUAAAGAUUAUUUCUCCAACAAGCGUCUACCGUACACAGACAAACGAUGGUCAAACAAUGACCGGAGGAUUUCACAAUUCAAGUGAAACAUUUGAAUACAGUCCAAAUGCCACAGUCAUUUAUCCGAACCUCGGUUAUGGAAACAUCACCAACAAUCCCGAGAUGGCAGGAAGUGAGGAGAGAUCGGGUUACUUCUAUUUGUCCUUGGGAAGUAUAAUUUCUGUCGCGGUGUUUUCAGUUUUGAUUCUCGUUGUCUUGUAUUUUAAACGACGGAGAAGUGAUGAAUUUGUUAUGGGCACAAGAAGGAGUGCGAAUAUUUAUGAUAUUGAAGAUUCGUUUAACGAAGAUGACCCUGUGUCGCCUAGAGAAUCAUCAUGUCCCCUGAAGGAAGUGCCAUCCAUCCAGAUUGAAACGGUAGACGAUGACGGUAAUGUCAAGUUAGAAUAUUACAUUCCACCAAAGAAUCCUUCUUGAAAUUAUGUUUCUAUUUAGUUUUUUAGUGUUACAUUGUUGCAAGUUAAAAAGUUAUUAUCAGAUUAUUUGGACUGAUUCCUUUGGCUGGAGAAUAAUUGGUUUUCUAUAUGCAUACUAUAUAAUAAGUGCUUUGAUUUAUUUUUGUGACAUAUUUUGUGAAGUGUUCUUUUUUCAAAUUAAUUUUACAAUACCAGUUGAGAGUAAAAGUUUGCUUUUAUUUACACAUUGUUUCUGUAAAAGCCUUUGUGAGUAUACCAUUUUCAAAAAUUUCUAUUUCAAAAGUAGAUUUUAUACAGGUUUUUAAACGCGUGAAAAUUACAAACUUCAUGUAUGCCUAUAACAUUAAGGAAAUUGAUAUCCAGAAAUUCCGCGCCUACAUAUAAAUCAUUGAUAUCAUUCUUGUCUCUUUGAGAUCUCGUCAAUUCUCGCCGCCUAUACAACGAGAUGUUUUGCAUUGCUGUUGUUGGCUGAUAAAUUCGUGAUUUUUAUGCAUCUUAAUUUGACAGUAUUGGUGAGGACCAAAGGUCCUCUUACCGAAAUUGCCAGGUUACAAGAGAUCGGGUGAAAUUCCCUUUUAAAACUUUUUACAGCAUUCAAAAUUGUGAUAUUCAUUAGAAUGGGCAACAUUUGCGAUUGUUAACUAUCCUUACUGCAUUCGUGAUUGUUCACUUCCCUCACGGCAUUUGCGAUUUUAAACAACCCUUACAGCAUUCGCGAUUGUUAAAUACCCUCACAGCAUUUGCGAUUGUUGUCUGUCUUCACAGCAUUCGCGACUGUUAACUUCUCUAAAAACAUUCGCGAUUAUUACCUACCCUAACAGUAUUCGCGAUUAUAAAAUACAAGCACAGUUUUUGCGAUUGUAAACUACCCGCACAAAAUUCCCAAUUGGUAACAAUCGUUAAACAUUUGCGAUUGCAAUUCAUCACCACGUCAUUUGCGAUUGUAAGACACCAAUACCCCUAAAAGAAUUCACGAUUGUUAACUUCCCUCGCUUAUCAAAGCAUUUGCGAUUGUUGAAUUACUCAACCCCUUGCAACAUUCGCGAAUGUUAUAUACCCCAAUAGCAAUUGCGAUUUUUUAGAUACAGACACAUUAAAAAAUAUGAAAUUUAACGGCACUCGGUUACCAUAACAUUCAUUGAUCAUAUGAUGAUUUCAUCAAGAAAAUUGUUGUCAGAGUGCAACAAAAGAACUUUUUAUACACCGUAUUGAUUUUGCUCAAAGAAAAUACAUUCCAUGCCCAGUAAUAUUUCCUUGGAAGAGACAGUAUUCUAAAACGUGUAAGCUAUAUUUCAAAUUACACUUAAUCAAAAUAUUAUUUAUUCAUAUCAAAUGUGUUCAUCUUUAUUGCUUUUGAGACAAAAUGAGUUCAUCAUUCAUUUUAUCACAAAAGUUAUUACAUUCUGAAAGGAAAUAAUUGAUAUUUCUUCAAGGAAAACAUGCUCUGUUUUUUUUCCACCACUUUCUAUUCUAUGUUGCUUUUUGUGCCAACUACAUAUGAUUUUAAUCAUACGAAAAGUUUGUUUACAAGUUUAAUUAUUGAAGAUAAUGUAAUUUCUUUAAUAAUUAAUUAUGGUAACUUGAAGAAUUGAAUUUUUACCACAUUUUGUUGUUAUUUUCAUCCUCCAAUGCGCUGUUGGAUAAAUACGGAUUCAUUAAAAAAAGUAUUGCUCAGAGAACUUCUGUAUGCACAUAUAUUUUGAUUGUAUUAUGUACUGUAUGUUUGUGCGAUUGUGUACAUGUAUUUCAUAACAAAAAUAAACAGAGCGAUUUAAAAACCAAGAAAUGAUUUUUUAUUAUGAUUUUCAUGCAAUUUUAAUUUUAUAUAUUUCCAUAAAUCUAUUUAAACUGCGUCAUGAUUAGGAAAAUUUCGGACUUAUCUACUAGUAGGAAAUCACUACGAUUUUUGUAUUCUCCUUUUUUUCUUUAAAAAAAAUAUAAUUUAUUCAAAACAUUUACGUUAAAAUUUACACACUUGUAACAUUUUCUUCUCAUUAAAGACAUGUACAACACUAUGAAAUGUAAAGUUCGGAGUUAAAACUGAUUAUAAACAUGAUUUUGAAAAAAGAAAUCUUGCAAAAUUGUCAUGAAUUAGACGAUGAAAGUGUAGUGUCGCAAUUGUUGAAACGAAAUUCUUUUUUAUUCUUAGAAUUUAAGGUGUUUUUCAAGGAACUGUUUUACUUUGUUUGUUUGCAUAUUACUUUUUUUAUGUCAUAAUAUUGAUUUUAUUCAAUCUAUUUUAAGACAUUUGAUCCAUAAAAUGCUGAAAUAAAUUGUUAUAACUUUUCAUUUUUCUAGCGCUAACUU